AAUGCUGAAUUCCCCGCCUCCCCACUUUUCAACGAGCGCACCGCUAUUUUUAGCACUGCCACGGAUUAAUGUAAAGUGGCGCAGAGACCGUGAACCGGACUGUCCACAAGCAUUGUAGGACCUCGCUCGGUAUCGGUGCAUUCGGCGAGUUACUUGUCACGGAAGCCACUUGGCACGGAUUCGGAAAUCGAGUCGGGGGAAUGAUGACAAACCCCAUGUACCCGUUUCUGGCUUUCUUUUCCUAAAGAAGCAUUUUCAAGGAUGCUGCUUUCGAAGCGGAUCGAACGACAACCCCGGCCCUCGCUCCUGCCUGUGGUUCUCCUAUGUUUCAUUCUCACCACUGUCAGUGCCAGCAUGCCAGCUGGGGGUAAGUGCCCGUACCACAUAGACUGUGCCCGUGAGGGGCGGCACUUCUGCAAACCUGGCACCUCCUACUGCGGCCCCUGCCUCACCCCAUUGGAAGAGAACGAGGAAGGACAGUGUGUAGCAAGGAAGAGGCGCCAUCACCAUGGUCAAGUGACAGCCUUCUCUGAUCUAGAUAAAGAGAUUGACUUCCUUCACUCAGUCAUUGCCAAACAGGAAGUGUCAGAGGUCAAACAAUCAAAACAAUCAGACACCCCCUCCAAGGCAGUUCCUAUGACUCAGACAAAGUUUCCCAGACAGAGAGGCAAGGCCCAACCUUCUGUGGAGCAUCCCACUACCGUCCACCCCUCUACCCGGACCCCGCAGCCUGCCACUGGGGCUCUGGAGAGGGUGGGACCAGGGGAGCCUGGAGGCCCCAUAGCCAUCCCAUACCCCUCCAAGGACAGUCUCCUUGUCGUUAUGAUCUCUGUGUGUAUCAUCUUUGGCACUGUGGCCCUGAUCUUGGCUACAGUUUGCUGGGUAAGGUUGCAGAAGGAAUCACGUCUGGCCCAGAAGGUAGAUUACCCUGCAUUUGGAAGCAAUGGAAAUGGAACAGCCAACAGGACUUCAGCUUUGCCUCUUCUUUGCUUUUCCUCCCCGCUGAGGGUGGUUUUCAUGGGUCUCUCCUCUCCUUCUCCCUGUUCUCCUCAGUCGGGGGAUAAGAAGUUGGCACAGAGUGCUCAGAUGUACCACUACCAGCAUCAGAAACAGCAGAUGCUCUCCAUGGAAAAACAUAAAUCGGAGACGAAAGUCACUGACUCAGAAGUCACAUCAGAUGAGGAAGAAGUGGGCGGAGACUUCACUGUGUACGAGUGCCCUGGCCUUGCACCGACUGGAGAGAUGGAAGUGAAGAAUCCUUUGUUUGACGACUCUACCCUACACUACCCAGGGAAUCCCAAGGGAAUUCCGUAGGCUUUAAUGCAUGCUGGAACACGCAGACACCACACACACAGAAACAUACACCCAAUUAAAACACAAUACAAACCUACACACACACACGCAAUUUCUUUACUCUGGAAAAGACCCGCUUAACUCUCCAAUCAGGUUGCUCUCUCAAAACUGGACAGGCUUAUACAGAUGUCGGAUCUUAAUUUGAUGCAUUUUGUUGCAGAAGGAAAAUUAUCUGCAGCAGGAGGAAUUGAAUGUCUAUUUAAUAUUGAGAAUCAAUACCAGGGGGCAGCUGGAAGCAGUGUUUUGUAGGCUAUACAAUCAUUUAGACUGUAGGUCCACUGACUAAUUGUUGUAUUAUAUGUUCAAGGCAAACGAUAAGCAAAAUAAAUUGGUGGUUAUCACAGAGCCUGUGUGGUCCAGUGGGUACAGCCGCUGACAACGGUAAACAUAUGCUAGAGUAGGCAUGGGUUUGAAUCUGGUCCACUAAUGUCCUUUGAGAAACUAGUACAUUUCUAGUUAAUCUCUGUGGGCUGUACAUUUACUCUUACUCAAGUCAUUUCUGGAGGAAGUAACUUAUUUUUUACUCCAUUACAUUUGACCAAAUUACGUUAGUUACAUAGAUUUUUAAUAUAAUAUUGUCGCUGUCGGAUGACAUUUUUUACAUGACUCGAUACUAUACGUCUGUAUGAACGUUUCACAACCACUUGACCAAUUAAAUGUAUUCAAAAUAGGUUGUCAUCAAAACUCUUAAGUCCAUUGUCUCUCAAAGUUGUCCAACAAACCCAGUUUUAUCUCCACCACGGCUCUCAAAGGGAAGCGCACGUCUUCAUAUUUUUGUUCUUGGGUUCUUAGCCAGACUCGAUCAGAGGUAAGUUGCACUUUAAUUACCUUCUGCCUUUGUAAUAUUAUAUAUUUCUGAAGUAAGAUAAGUCAUUUCUAAUUAGCUAAUAUAUUAGAAAUAUAGAAAUUAACUAGCUAGCUUUGGCUGACCCAGACUGUGACAGAAAAAGUUUAAUCUCAUGUUUUUAGCUCCCCAUAUGACCUCUGGUGGACAUUCCUGCAGUCAGCACACCCCCUCAAAACUUGAGACAUCUGUGGCAUUGUGUUGUGUGACACAACUGCAUAUUUUAGUGGCCUUUUAUUGUCCCCAGCACAAGGUGCACCUGUGUAAUGAUCAUGCUGUUUAAUCAGCUUGUUGGUAAAGACACACCUGUCAGGUGGAUGGAUUAUUAUCACUAACAGGGAUGUAAAUACAUUUGUGGGAAAAAAUGUAGAUCAAGACUUUUUGUCUGUCUGGAAAAUGUCUGGGAUCUUUUAUUUCAGCUCAUGAAACAUGAGACCAACAGUUUACAUGUUGCGUUCAUAUUUUCGCUCAGUAUAGCUAUCACAUUAGGUUGCCAUUACAAGACAAGCUGUCUAAACUAGAUGCAGCAUCAACGAUGUAGCUAGCUAACAUUAGCAAGAUCAACAGGUAAGUCCACCGCAGGAUCCUCCCACACAUUAUUCUCCCUGUUUGUGUGUGUGUGUCAUUCUGUUUUUAUUAAAAUGCCUAUAAGCACAUCUUUCAUACAGUCAGUGUAUCAUCUCCGUAAGCUUUUUGUGCCCUACAGAAAUCAUAUAGAUUGUCUUUUUAUUUAUAGCUUGUAGCGGCAGAACCGAGGCGAUAGGAGAAUGAGCCAGCCAAGAAAAGAAAAUACUCUUGAAAGUGGAAAGGACAGGUUCGGAAGGGAUGGAGUAUAAAUACUGUUUUGUCUAGAGAAGGGAUAAAGCUUUUGUCAAAAAUAUUAAAAAUUCAUAACAGGUUAGGAGGAAUAAGUUAAGAUUAGUAAAACAUGUUAGGAUUAGCUAAAAUGCAACAAAAAAUUGACUUUUGACAUCAAUUUAAUUCAAUAGUAAAAUGUGUCUGAUUUGAAUACUAGUAACACGAUUUGAUAAUGACAUUUCGGGAAUUGAAUGUUUUACUGUUGUAACACCUGUUCAUUCUGAGUGAGAAAUUGAACAUCACACUUGGUGUAAAUAUUUUUGUAUGCAUAUUCACAUGUACUUGAAAUGAUAUUGUGAUUGUCAUUAAUGCUAUUGAAAUUGUACAAUUAUUCCAAUGCCUCGAGUACCACAUACCUUUUUAUGAAAUUGUGCACAUUGCAUGACCCUAAUUGAAACUAUACAGCCUACCGACUUUGUUUGAUGUUAGUCUUCAUUGGAGAGUACCUGUGCUGGGGGACGUCUGCAAGAUGGUGCUGGCAGGCUUUAAUUAUCCGGUUUUCUGACCGGAUAAUUUUUUACUCAUUCAUGAGUAGUUUCUCAAGAAGGCAAAUUUUACUUGGUAAUUCAUUCAUCUAAGUAACAGUACUUGUGCUUAAAUACAGAUUUUCAGUACUCUACCCACCGCUGCAAAUUAUACAUAGCCUAACUAAAAAUACAUGGGUGAGCAUACACACUGGAGGAAAGUUUAUCGUUCUACAGUAGGCCUACAUCUGUCAAUCAAUUGAUGCUCCAAAUCAGCUCAACAAUUUAGCCAGGGAAACACAACCAGUAGAUUAUCGGUUUUUACACCUUUUAUUUAGGUACUAUUGAUUGUCUAACGGCUAGCCUACAAAAUGUAGCCUAUAGAAAUAUAAUCAAAUAACAAGGGGCCUAUUGCAACCAUUGAUGGCACUAGAUUAUCGCCAACUAAAGCCUUGUUCACACUGCAGGCCUUAAUGCGCAAACCAGUUUGGGUUAUCACAUCUGUUUUGGGCUAAAUGACUGUCCAGACAACAAGCUAAAGGUGACCAAAUCGGAUUGUGUGUGUUCAGACAGCAGUCAUUUGCUGACAAGGCUACGCCUGUCAUAGUAAUAACAGGUGUGUGUGUGUGUGUGCACAGUGGUGUAGGCUGAUUGGUGGCGGUGCUUGUGCUUCCUAUCACUCAGACGUUAUGUAGCAAGCUACGGUGACAACAAUGCCUUCCAUGGACGUGUCCCAGUUGCUUUGAAUGUUUAAAAUCAUUAGGGUAAGAACACUUUUAAAGCCUCAAAGGACAAGAUGAUCCAACUUUCAAAACGAGUCCUUUUUUGGCUAGUCACAGCAGUCAACUAGCUAGCUGUUUAGCUUUCUAGCAUAUUCACUAGUUUCUUUGUAAACAAUGAACAAGCAGCUACCACAUGUUAUUGUCAAACUGUCAACAGAGUAGCUAGCAAGCAAUAAGAUAUGCCAAAUAACUGUCUAAAAACCACUUGAGGGCAAAUAAAUCAGAUUUGACCGUUCAGACACAAGUCACAUGGCGGUUUGAAAUAUCAGAUUCCAUGUUUUUUUUUGGCUGUGCAGACAGCAGGGGAAAUAACAGAUCGAAUUGAAAAUGCAAAUAAAUAGGAUUUGAGUAAUUUCAAACUGCCAAUGUGAACACGGCUACAGGUCUCGUUAAACUAUCAAUAUGCGCCAAAUUUACCCACACAGCUGAUCUCAAUUCCAACCAUUACCUCGAAGGCCCGCAAAAAGAUGAUGGCUGUGUUACCGUAGUCAGAGAUCUAAAUACAAUGACGAGAUGCUCAUGUCUCCGCCCUAACAAUGGGAGUCGUCCCAAAGCCAGACGACAAGUUUAGGUCUGCAUAUUAAGCCCAUAGAAACGCUUUGGGCUUAUUUUUGAAAGAGUGAGCCCUCUCACGUCACCUCUUCCUCUCUACCUUAGUCCUGCUUUCAACCAAAGUCUUUCAAGAUAUGUUCGCCCUCUGGUUGGUAUUGUCAUCGGAACAAUUUAGUCCUUUUUGAACAGACUACGGGUGAUUUAUCUAUUUUACAACUAAUUCUGUACAAUAGAAAUAAAGUAUUCCCUCGUUUAUUAUGGCAAAUCUACUGUGGCAAUUCCCCCAACACUUUCAGUUUAUUCCAACUUUCACUGGGGAACAUGCCCCCUCCCCCCCAAAAGACGAGGCAACGGUGGGCCUUAGGACCAUGCGGACACCUCCGAGCCGUCAGGUAUCCUGUUCGGAGUGUUUAUCCGACUGGAUAAAAAAUAUAUAUCAUAAGAAUAAUUAUGCCCCCCCACUUCUAAAACCAAAGUUGCGCCCCUUGUUUAUUUGUAACCUUAGGAUACACUAGACACUACUAUGUCGUACCCUAGUGGAGAUCAAUAACUAUCUUGUGUUAAACUAUAUCAAACAAAAGUUGUUGAUGUAUAUGGUUGAAUUUCAGAUACAUUUUUGUAUAUUUGAAUGUUGCAGUGACAGGACCAAGGCCUAUAGCAUUUAAGCGAGCUGGAGAGAAUUUUUGUUUAAGAUAGUGAGCUCUGAUCCCAAUAACUCGACUGUCCAUGAAUGGAGAGAGAAAUUACUGCUCAUUUUUAGCCAAUCACAAGGCUCAUUUGAAUUACUGAAUCAGGAAAAUGUUCCGCAACAAGAGUAAUCAAGUUAAGAUCCAACAUCUGUAGAAGAAUACAUUAUUUUUUUAAAGAAAAUGAAGAGGGAUGUUGAUUGACAGAAACUCUGGAUCACUCACAGCCAUUGUGGACUUCUAUGGGAACUACAGCCAUGUGUAAAACUCAUAGUGUGUCCCAAAUGGCACCCUAUAUAGUGCAAUACUUUUGACUAAAGCCCUAUGGGUCCUGUUCAAAAGUAGUGCACUAUAUAGCCCCUUUUGUGUCAACUAGAUAUUAUUACUCCCCCUCUUAGAAUCAAUGUUUCCUUUGCUUGCCUUUGUAAAGCUCAUUAUUUUGUGCAGUGAUCUCCCAAAGCCUCUGUUUGAAUGUUACAAUGAGCAAACAUGUAUAGAUUGCAUACAGAACACAGAGAUGUGCAGUUUUUAUAAUAUAUAUAUAAUAUAUAAUAAAAAAACAGUCCCUUACUGUAUUUGUCAUGCAUAGCUAGUAGCUAAACCCAGUUCAUUAUAGGUACAUAUAAAGGGGUUUUCAUGAAAUGUGCCUGGUAUUGGGUUAAGGAGCGAGAGGAACACAAGGGGACACUGUCAUGAUAUAAUCUUUAAAGUACUAUUUUAUGCCCACGAAAAUGGUGUGAUUCCAACAUGUUUGACUUUGAUUCAGUCUCCUAUGUGUAAGGAUCCUGUAACUGAAGGAGACAUUUAAAGUGAUAUAUAUGCACUUGAAUAUCUAUAGGAUUUGUGGUGGAUGUAUGGUAAAUAUCACUAUUUAGUAUUGUCUCUGUUUUAUCCUCUGUUUGGGGCGGCAGGUAGCCUAGUGGUUAGAACGUUGGGACAGUAACUGAAAGGUUGCUAGAUCGAAUCCCCGAGCUGCCAAGGGAAAAACUGUCGUUCUGUCCCUGAGCAAGGCACCCACUGUUCCUAGGCCGUCAUUGUAAAAAAAAAUGUGUUCUUAACUGACUUGCCUAGUGAAAUAAAAUGUAAAAAGAUGAUA